CAAAGUCAAGCAUGUACUAAAAGGAGUGACCUGCAGAGCCAUGCCUUGGGAGAUUCUUGCCAUUGUUGGCCCAAGUGGUGCAGGGAAGUCUUCUUUGCUUGAAAUUCUAGCUGCUAGACUCAUCCCUCAAACCGGGUCGGUUUUGGUCAACAAGAGACCGGUGGAUAGAGCCAACUUCAAGAAAAUUUCUGGUUAUGUCACCCAAAAGGACACUCUGUUUCCUUUGCUUACGGUUGAGGAAACCCUUCUGUUCAGUGCUAAGCUGCGUUUAAAGCUCCCAGCUGACGAGCUGAGAUCACGGGUUAAGUCGUUGGUCCAUGAGCUUGGGCUUGAAGCUGUUGCAACAGCUCGUGUUGGCGAUGAUACCGUCAGAGGGAUAUCGGGUGGAGAGAGACGCCGUGUCUCCAUAGGAGUUGAAGUUAUUCACGACCCCAAAGUUUUGAUCCUUGAUGAGCCGACCUCUGGUCUUGAUAGUACUUCG